UCAGGGAAAAUGCUCAGGAAAGAAAAUGUUUGCUGCGAGAAGUACAUGGGCGGAAAGGAUCCUAUUACCCUUACAUUUCCAAAUGAAGAGUCAACUGAACAAACCGUCCGGAACAGAACUCCUGAGUCUGAUUUCAUGGCUGUGGCCGUCCUGACAGCACAGAAAAGCAGAGAUCCCAGCACACAGGUGGGGGCCUGCAUUGUGAGGGAUGACAAAGUGAUUGUUGCAGUUGGUCACAACCAGAUGCCCAAUAAUCAUAAUGACAGGUAUACCUGGGUUAAAGAGGCUGAUGAUACUAAGUAUUUGUAUGUGUGCCAUGCAGAGCUUAAUGCCAUUCUCAGCAGCACUGAUGUGAGAGGCUGCACCAUUUAUGUGACCCUUUUUCCCUGCAAUGACUGUGCCAAACUUGUCAUUGAGGCAGGUGUAAAAAAAGUUAUUUACCUGUCAGACAAAUACAGUGAUGAUGAUAAAACAAAAGCCUCCAAGAAAAUGCUUCAAGCAAAAAACAUCAACCUUGUGUAA